UAAUGUGAGCUAAUAGGUUCAAUUCAGUGUCUCCGAAGUUUCAUGUUAUAAAAAGGGUCUUGAAAAACUUGAAUUUUCAAAAAUAAGUGCGAUUUCGACAGAGUUUUAUUAAAAAAUAAGUAUAUCUAUUUUAUUGAAGUUUUCUCCUUUUUCCAUUUUUGGAAAAAAUAAUUUUAAGUAUGAUUGAGGAUACCGCAAAACACUUUUUAAAGAAAGACGCAGCGUUACAAAGGUUAACUAGUUGAGCACAAAGAAAGUGAAAAGCUUCUUAGAAAAUGCGAAGUCUUUAGCAGAGCACAUAUCUUAUAAAGAGCGGUAUAGAGCGCUACAAGGAAUAUCUAGCAAUUACUAUAAGUAAUAAGGAAGUGGUCUCGGCAUGGAGACUGUUGAGAUUUAACAGAAUAUUUUAAUCGUCGAAUAAAUAUAUCGCCUUGACAGGUUCAGUCAUAAAUAAAAACAAAAAAUAUAAUUUCGUUGACAUACAAAAGCAGUGUUACCCAUUCACUUUAAAAAUAUCAACAUAUUUGUAAGUUUUCUGUUCGAAACUUUUUUUUACAUGCUCAACACUAUUUUCUUUUAACAUCUUUCAAGCAUCGUAUUUUCAAAUCAGAUAUUCAGAUUUACAUUUAUAUUAUAUUAAUAUUUUUAUCGCAAGAUUUCAUCGUAUAUUUGAGCAAAUAACGCUAUGGAACUUAAGACAAUUUUCAGAAUCGUAGAGCUGGUAAUAUGUAUCGUGCUCUUAGUCCUUUGGUAUGCGUUGAACACCUACGCAACAAGUGUUAUGGUCGUGUGUGGCACCAUUUUCGGUUUCACCAUAAUAACGGCUGUGCUGGUGGCACUUGAGUUUCUCGAAUUCAAUCAGGUGGCAGUUUAUCUAAUUAUUGGCGCCAUUUUGUCUCUCGUCUGUGGUGGUUUGACUAUUGCCUAUGUACCGGAUUAUGGCGAUGGACGGAUGUCUUAUUUUAUAGCAACUGGUCUCUUCAUUGCUAACGGCGUAAUUUUUUUAAUCGAUUUCAUUAUGGAAUUAAAAAAAUGAAGUCUAGAAGAAGAUAGUCUAUUCGACUAUUGAAGCAGUCGGGCAGUUCCAAAUUGUAAAGAAUGUAAAUUAUACACAUACAUGCAUACAUGUUCUGUUAUAUUUGCAAAUAAAUAAUAAUUUUCGUAAUUUUACUGAAAAAA